CACCUCGGCAGCCACCUCCUGCCUGUGCGGGGCCAUGGCACGAAGCGGCUGCUCAGGCCCGCCGGACCGGGGGCAGCCGGGCAGGGAUAGGCGCCGGGAGGCACCGGGAAGCGCAGCGCUGGCAGCGGGGCUCAUCCCGGCACCGCGGGCGAUGGCGGCGCCCCGCAGCAAGAAACCAAGAUGUUCCGUAAGGAAAGGACCCGUGCCCAGGACAAAUGAUGGAGCACGGCGGAUAAGCCGCAGGGUCUGUGCCACGGGGCCGCGGAGCCGCGCCGUUGCCUCCAGCGAGUCCCAUGUGCAGCCCGUGUACCAGCCCUACCUCACCACCUGCCAGGGCCACCUCUGCAGCACGUACAGGACCAUCUACAGGGUUGCCUACCGGCAGGUGUACAGAGAGCUACCCCAGCCCGUGGCCUCGUGCUGUCCCGGCUGGAGCAGGGCUGAUGGACACCCACUCAGCUGCAAUAGAGCUCUGUGCUCGGGGCCCUGCCAGCACGGUGGCACCUGCGCCCUGCCCAACAGAUGCCUCUGCCCCCCCGGCUGGACCGGACGAGCCUGCCAGACAGACGUGGAUGAAUGCGCCGGGCAGAGCCAUGGGUGCAGCCAGCUCUGCCUCAACACAGCCGGGAGCUUCCAGUGCGCCUGCCGGGACGGCUUCAGCCUCGCUGCCGACCGCAGGAGCUGCCAGCCCCUGGUGCCGGCGCCGGAGCCAGGAGCCUUCAGCCACGCAGGUCCCCCCAGUGAAGUGAAGGAAGAAGUGGAAGAGCUGAGGAGCAGAGUGGAAGCACUGGAGCAGAAGCUGGAGUUGGUGCUGGCCCCCUUCCACAACCUCAUGCCCUCCGUGCCCGAGGACGUCGGCGCAGACCCCAUCAGCCGCUUGUCCCACUCCCUGCAGCAGCUGGACAGGAUCGAGUCCCUGAGCGAGCAGAUCUCCUUCCUUGAGGAGCGCCUGGAGACCUGUGAGUGCCUGGAGCAUCUCCCUGCUCCCACCCUGGCCCCGGGGAGCAGAUGUGGGCCAGCGCCAUCAGGAACACAUGUGCCACCUUAAUCCCUGUCUCCCUAA